AUGGUACACGCAACUCGGGAAGAAAGCGAAUACAGCGGCGACGAAUCAUCUACCUACUCAUACAGCGAGGAAGAAGAAGACAGCGAAACAGAGAUAGUAGCUACUGCCACCCACGAGACACUGAAGUGCAAACUAUGCGGAAAAGACGGGCACACGUUAAUUAAAUGCCCUCAGUACGAAAAAGCAAGCACUCAAGAAAGAUGGGAAAUAGUGAAGAGAAUCAAAGUAUGUUUCCGCUGCCUGAGACAAAAUCAUCGUAGCCCGACCUGCCGGGCCAAGCCAUGCGGCAAAGACAACUGUCCGGGACGACACCACGUGACACUGCACCGUGACAAACCGAAACCUGUCGAAAAAGAUGACGCCAACAAGAUCGUAUCCGUGAACCACAUAAGCGCGACGCGUGCAUACCUAAAGAUAGUUCCAGUGGAGAUAUCUGGACCACAGGGCACCACGAGAGUCACCGCACUGAUGGAUGAAGGAUCAACCGUAACCCUCUUGUUAAACGAAGUCGCUGAUAAAAUCGGAGCGCAAGGACCCACCGAAGAGCUAUCUAUCGAAGGAGUGGGCGGCCACCGCAUGAAAAGCACCGAUUCAAUGCGUUUAAAAUUACGCAUAAAAGGCCAGUUCACACGCGAAUAUCACGAUAUGGACAUCCUGACGAUCGGACAACUGAACCUCGCCACACAAGCCGUCUAUAAAGAAGACUUAGAAAACUGCCCACACUUGGCAUGUAUAGCGGAUCAGCUGACAUACGACCGAGAGCGGCCUAGUCUAUUAAUAGGACAGGACAACUGGCACUUAAUAGUGUCUCGCGAAUUAAAGGCAGGAAAAACAACGAAACCUGUAGCCUCACUUACCAAGCUAGGGUGGGUGCUACACGGGUGUCAUAGCCAUGAAGCGAAACCGGUCAAGUUCGUGAACCACAUACACAGUCAGAGCGAAGAAAAAAUCGAAACGUUGAUAAAGGAGCAUUUCAGUCUCGAUUCGUUAGGCAUCUCGCCUAAACGACCGGCCAGCGACCCCGAGCAACGAGCACUUAUGUUGUUAGACAAAACUACGAAACGUCUACCUGAAGGAAGGUUCGAAUGCGGGCUGCUAUGGCGCAAAGAUGACGAAAUCAUGCCGAACAACAAGGAGAGCGCACUACGCCGACUGAAAGGCAUCGAACGUAAAAUGAAAAAGGACGAAGCAUUCAAAAUAAGCUACAAAAAACAAAUAGACAACUUACUAGCAAGCGGAUACGCCGAACCGGUCACAAGCGCACCCACUACGCCGAGAGCUUGGUAUUUACCACAUUUCGCCGUAGUACACCCACAGAAGGGCAAGAUGCGACUGGUAUUCGAUGCAGCCGACCGAUCACACGGCAAGAGCCUGAACGACGCAUUAUUAAGUGGGCCAGACUUGCUACAGUCCUUAUUUGGCGUCUUGAUACGCUUCAGAGAGGGACCUAUAGCCGUCGCAGCCGACAUAAAAGAAAUGUUCCUCAGAGUGGCCAUGCGAGAAGAGGACCGCGAUAGUCUACGCUUUUUAUGGCGCGAGAAAGAGACGGAAGAGCCACGAGAGUACCGUAUGAAAGCACUCAUAUUCGGCGCGUCAUCGUCCCCCUGCUCGGCGAUAUAUGUGACAAAUAAGAACGCGAAAGAGUUCGAAAACACGCACCCAGAAGCCGUACGCGCCAUUGAACGAUGCCACUAUAUGGAUGACUACCUACAGAGUUUCAAAACCGAAGCGGAGGCACAAAAAACCGCUCAAGAAGUAGAUCAGAUCCACAAACACGGCGGUUUCGAGUUACGCGGCUGGGCAAGCAACCGAUCAACCGUUAUACAACAAUUACAGAUGGUUAAACCCGAAGAACAGGUUAAAAUCGGUCAAGACGGACAAACAGAGAAAACACUCGGAAUGUUAUGGAACAUCGGUAAAGAUACACUUCAAUACACACUGAACUUGAGAAACACGCCCCGUGACGUCAUCGAUGGCACACGCCCGCCUACGAAGCGUCAAGUUACGAGCGCCGUCAUGUCAGUGUUCGACCCGCUAAACAUAGCCACGCCCGUCCUCAUACAAGGCAAGAAGUUAAUUCAACACUUGUGGCGUGAAGGAAUUAGCUGGGAUGAAGAGAUACCCGAACGAUACAUAGCCGACUGGAAAGAAUGGAUACAAGGCCUAGAACAGCUGCAGAGCCUUCACAUCCCUCGUUGCACAUUUUCUUGUGACGAGGGGGAGAUGCACACAUUCGUAGACGCCAGCGAAACUACAUAUGCUGCGGCUACCUACUGGAGGACGACUCAAGAUGGAAUACCUACCGUGAGACUGGUCGCCGCAAAAGCACGCGUAGCGCCACUGAAAAUAACUUCAAUACCGAGACUAGAAUUGCAAGCCGCGCUACUGGGCUGCCGACUAGCAUCCAACGUAGAGAACGAAAAUUCAGCAAAAGUCACGAGGAAAUACUAUUGGUCCGACUCACGAACAGUGUUAGCAUGGAUAAAAUCAGACCCGCGCACUUUCAAACCGUUCGUGGCACACAGACUGGCGGAAAUCGAAGAGCUAAGCAAAACCACCGAAUGGAGAUGGGUGCCGACUAACGAAAACGUAGCCGAUGACGCCACACGACGAGCGCCUCGAGAAUUCGACCCCAAUCACCGUUGGUUCAACGGCCCAGCCUUCCUGAAAAACCCACCGACUAAGUGGCCAGUGGACAGGAGCGAGCCCUCGCCCGUCCCAGCGGAAGAAAAUAAAAAGACUGUCGCAGCGAUAAAAGUCGUACAUACAGAAAUACCUAACCCACAGAGAUUCUCCAAAUGGACACGUUUACUGAGAGCCACUGCACGCCUAUUACAGUGUGUCGACGUGUUCAAGCAACUCCUGAAACGUGAAAAGGUCACCGCAAUCAAGCGCACCGUGAAAGACAGUACGUGGCGAAAAUACGAUAAGAAGAAACAAUCACGCCCGUCACCGCUCACCGCGCCCGCGUUAACCCACCGUACCUACCUACCUAUUCAGCCUGAAUACCUACAAUCGGCUGAAAAUCUGCUCAUAAAAACAGUGCAAAGAGAAAGCUUCAACAACGAAAUAAAGUGCAUAACAAAUAACAAACCACUAGAAAAAGACUCUCGCUUGAAGCGAUUAUCACUGAAAAUCGCUGAAGAUAUCCUGAAACUGGACACGAGAAUAUGUGCCGCCAACUGCAUAAGUGACACAUAUAAACACCCCGUAGUGCUAGACGGAAGACACAGAAUAACAAAGUUGCUCGUCGCUCAUUACCACAGCAAGUUCAAUCAUGGCAACAUUCACACCAUAAUGAAUGAGAUUCGCCAAAAGUACUACAUAACUUCGCUCAGAGCUAUAGUCAAGACCACCGCUCGAGAGUGCCAAUGGUGCAGAACCCACAAAACUGCGCCACUGACGAAACCAAUCGGUGAUUUACCCGCUGAAAGGUUAACCCCAUACCAGCCGCCGUUCACAUACACGGCCGUCGACUACUUCGGUCCGCCAUUACAGUGGGCCGAAAGACUGAAAAACGCUGGGUAG